UUUGUAUUUUCUCUAUUCCAAAUGUAACGUCAUCUUCUGGUUUUCCUCAAAACUGUGCUCUCUCUCUCUACUAGUGCUACUUAUAGUCAUUUAAAUCAUGCGAAAAGGACUUGCACUUUGCACAUUGCAUUUGGAUUUGGGGGCAAAAUAAGGGAAAAUCGUCACCAGAAGAAACUAUGGGUCCCUCAGAAGCAUCUCCAGAGCUGACACUGAUAUGGCAAGGAAUCCCUGUGGCUCCUAGGUCUCCUGCUCUGGAAUUGACCACCAAACCAAACUGACGGCAGAUCCAGACCAUCACCCUUUUCUUAUUUUUCAAAUGGGUCCCCAGAAAUCAGGGCCAGUGCCUUACCAGGUGCAACCAAUCGUUUUGUCUUGCUCAUGCCCUGUUUUAUUUUUAUUUUCUUGGCCCCACCAACUGACAGAUAGGCAAGUUUGUUGCAGCUGCAAUUUGUAUCCACAACCACAGCUCUCAAGAACUUAAAAUUUUCCCAUUUGCUUCCAAUGUCCAGCUACUUGGUGCAAACCUACCAGCACAAACCAGUGUGGGUCUCCAAAUCUUUUGACAUUUGCUUCUCAUAUCUGGAGAUAGAAAAGGGGACACUUGUCUUUCAUUGCCAACAGCAAUAGCAUCACAUCCUGCCGGUCUAAAGCUCUCAUGUCAACCAUGUCCGUUCACAGAACAAGAUUCUUCAGAGUCCCUGAAUCUGGUUUGAGACAUCAAACACCCAGACAUGUCCAAAGAUUAGCUGUUUCAAGGGCUAUGAAAAUGGAUUCUGAGUCUUCCAUUAUGGGAAAAGUGAAAGAACUCUCAGGGCAGUUUAUUGCAGCAUUACCAACCCCUCAAAUUGAUACGACGAAGUCUUCAUCGAACCUCCGGUUCGAUAGGCUGCAGCAAUUGGAUCGGGAGUUGUCUCGAGAGAACAUACACGAGUUCGGACAAUUUGUGGCUCGAGAGGCCUUGCUCGAUGAAGAAUACUGGACAGCAGCAUGGCUACGGGCAGAGAGUCAUUGGGAAGACCGAGCAAACGACCGAUAUGCCAAUAAUUACAAAAGGAAAUUUGCCGAGCAGGAAUUCAAUGCCAUAAAGAGGCGAUGUAGAGGACAAAACGGGCAGAAAUGCAUGUGCAUUGUCACGGUCAAGAAGGAACACAGUAACGUCAAGCGGACUAUCCCGAAAAGCAUAGUUGGAACGCUUGACUUGAGCUUCUGGUACUUGCUACACGAAGAGACUUCCCCCGGGGAAAGGGUGAGGGCUCCUCUGUUCUGUCGCCUCAGUGAAGCAGGACCGGCCAGAUUCGGCUACAUUGGAAACCUGUGUGUGGCCAAAUCAGCUCGUCGCCAGGGCAUUGCAAGCAGCAUGAUGAGUUUUGCGCUCGAAUCAGCAAAAAGAACUGCCGGCGUGGAGCAAGUUUACGUGCACGUGCAUAGAAAAAAUGGGCCUGCACAAGAAUUGUAUGCAAAGAUGGGAUUCAAGAUGGUUGAAGAGGCAGCUGCACAAUUGGUAGAAGAGCAGACGUGCUUGCUCUGUCUGCAGAUUUGAACAGUGCUGCUGCAUAGAUACUCGAAGUUUUUUCAGUUCUGAACCCGGAAAGCAAGGUUGUAAACAAGUGCCAUGAAGCGAGAAUUAUGCUUGCUUUGCUUAGAUUUGUCUCACUCAUAAGUUAGUUAUUAGCCAAAGAUCUCUUCCAGAAAAAGAGAAUAGAAAGACAGGAGCGGGCGUCUGAUCAAAUUCAUUUGUGGCAACAAGCCAAAUCGUCCUCAAGAAUCAAGAGUUUCGUCCACGGCAUGGGCACGACCUAAUGUCAGUCGAAAAUCCUGAACUACAAAGAAAAAGACACUUAACCAGAAGCAAUGUCGAGCUCGUGUAAGGUCAUUUGAGUCCAUUUGCUCUUGAGAGGAUUCAAACUCAUUGAAUUUGAGUAGAAAAAUUGCUCCGAGGCACAUUGCAUUUAUGCUUAGGUAUUCUUUUUAUCAGAAGACUUGGGGAAUACCAA